UUUUAUCGUUCGUAGAGUUUCGAUGUUAGGUGAAGACGGUUGCGUGCUCACUAGCGCUUGCGUUGACGGAUUUCAGUGCGAUCUUUCACGGGUUGAUUUCGUUUAGAAAUUGUAAUAAGUAUAUAAUAUUAAAAUGUAAAUUAACUUAAUAUUAAACUAAAAUAAUAUUAUGAUUUUACUGGCUGAAUUGACUUUAUGAAUUAAUUAAAAAAAAAGAAAAAAAAAACAGUACCAGUGCAGUGUUUAGUGUCGACGAACAGUUUAAAUUAAAAAAAAAAGAACAAUAAUAAUAUAAUAUAAAAAACUGUUACAAUGAAUAUAAAAAAGAUAUAAGUUUAAUGUUUGUGGUAUAUUUAAAUAAAUAGACGUUGCUAUGACGAUGCUGGCAAUGGCGCGAGGUUCUGAGGAUAGGAGAGAGGACGAAGCUGAAGCGGAGGCGGAGGCGAACGGCGAGGUGGACGUCGUCGGCGUUGAAGAGGCCGCGCCGGUCGACCUCACGAGGCGACUCGGGCUGACGAGGCCGCCUGACCGACCCGCUAUUGCGUUUUCGGUUGAAAAUAUUCUAGACCCUACCAAGUUCACUGGUCGAUCGGAAGUCCCACUUCGGUAUGACGAGACGUACUGGAGGCCGCAUUAUGAUAGAGACGACAGCGAUUCUGUCAAAGAUCACCUUCAGCACUCGGACCUCGAAGCUGAUGACGUGGAAACAGACGACCAGACAUCUAACAUGGAUGACGACAUUUUAACACAAUCCGACCUUGACGAAAAUGGGGAUCCAAAGAGCCCAACGAGUUCCAGUUCGAAGAAGUGUAAGAAUGGUUCCUCUAGAGACUCUAAAGGGGGGACAAAGCCACGGAGAGCUAGAACGGCAUUUACAUAUGAACAGCUAGUAUCUUUGGAAAAUAAAUUUAAGACGACAAGAUAUUUAUCUGUGUGUGAACGGCUCAACUUGGCGCUAAGUCUCAGUUUGACGGAAACUCAGGUCAAAAUUUGGUUUCAAAACCGUCGGACAAAGUGGAAAAAGCAAAACCCUGGGAUGGAUGUGAAUAGUCCCACCGUGCCCCCACCUCCAGCGGGGGCUUUUCCUUCUGGCCCUUAUCCCGGAGGCCUCCUCUACUCACACGGUGUACCCUAUCCGUUUACCGGUCCAGGACCCUAUGCGCCGUACUUCCACCAUUUAGCCACAAACCAUCACCACAGCCACGGGUCCUUAGGUCACUCCCACACGUGAUUAUGGCAACGACCAGGGUCACAAGACCCAAGGGUCGACACGGACAAUGAGAAUGGACUUACGAAUUAGUGAUGGCAUUUCAUUAUAAUUAAUAAAUGAAAAUAAGUUUUCGAAUAAAAUAUUUGACAGUGAUAUUCGCUUGCGUUUGACAAAGUGUUUUUUUUUACUCUGUGUCUUUUUUACUGUUGUAUCUGUAAUGUGUGUAACUGUACCCUAUUCCAGAGAAGAA